AUGUCCUUCAAAGGCUUCAAGUAUGGAACGAAUCGUUUCAGUGUUCGUGGUUUCCUGGCAGCGAUUUUCCAUCCUUUCAUGAAUUGUCCUUCCGACGUCCCUGGUGUGUUCACCUCGGGAGACACUAAGAUCGACGUAGCACAAUGGCAGACGAUCCUCUUGGGAAGCGAUCUUUCUUCCCGAUGCGAGCUUGAACGCAUUGUCUACUGCAAAUGUACAGCCGGCAAAGAACAUGAAUUUUUACUCCUCCACUUUCGUCAUCCUAUACAACAAGACGCCGUCGCGAUCCUUGUUUUGGACCGUAUCCCAGGUACAGAUUGUACAGAGAACAAUAAUGGCUCGUCAAGACAGACUAUGCAGUCAUCAUACAUAAUCUCGCCAUCAGUCUCUCCAACCCCCGCUCGCGAUUCCAUAUUCACUACCCCAAACAACGGCUCUGCCAUCGAAACCUACCUAACCGGAACAUAUGACCGGUUCAAGCGCCUUUCUUACCUCGACUUCACCCCUUCCGCUCGUCCCUCAGCAAUUCAAGUAUCCGUUCUCUUGUCUGCUCUCAGCAAACAUUCCCCAACAUAUAAUCUGUACCAAUACCAGUGUUAUUGGUAUGCGCAUACUGUCUGGGAGUCCCUCAAAAGGCUCUUCCCUGACUGCCACGAGACGACGCAGAGCGGGGGGCGCUCUCGUUAUCUCGGGGUCAAGAUAGAGAAGGCAGACAGUCUGGAGGUGGUAUGCGAGCAGUACCACACCCAGUGGGCGCGCAUCGAGAAUGCGGCAGAGGAGAGGAGGAAAGCAAAGGAAGAUGAAGUGCGACAGUUGAGGAUGGAAGGACGGACUGAGGAACGGGCUCGAUGUCAAGCGGAGAUCGACCAAGCGACGAGGCAAAAGGAGGAAGCACUAAGGAAAGCAGAGGAAGCGGAGAGCAGAGCAGAGGAAGCGGAGAGGCAGAAAGAGGAAGCAGUAAGGGAAGCAGAGGAGCGGGUUAGAGCUGAAUGGCAAGCAGAAAUAGACCGAAUGCGAGCUCAGUACGAACGCCAGGCAGCGUGA